UGACAUGAAACUGAAAGCAAAAACCAGUCAGUCCGGCCAGCCGUCUGAGUUUAGACAACAUUGCUACAGUUUUUGUAGAAGUCUGCAGAAUGGAGUUCAUCACAGACAUCACUGUCUCCAUUGAUGAAGCAGAUUACAAAGACCCUGGAAGAUUAAAGAAGAUUCUUCGUCUUUACAGUCAUGAGAAAAAAAAUUCUGUCUACAAAGUCAGAGGAACCUUUAAGGAGGUGGAGAACAUUAUAGAACAACUGUCAGAGAGACAUCCUUCCACUCCAGCCAGACAUGGACGAGCCCGUUGGCAAGAUGAACAUGCUUCACCCCGUGUCCAGCCUGUGGAUGUGUCUGCGGUUGUUAUGGCCUAUAUUGAGCAAAAAUGUGCAACAAAGCUUGAGAAAAUUCAAGGCAAGAGUUUUGCCAUUGAAACACAUCCUGGCCUCAGAGCAGGACACAAUAAAGCCAGUGGUACAGUACAGGUGACUUUCAGAUCCCGGGAUGUCUCCUCAUCUUCUGUUCAUGCUGACUUUGUCAGACAGCGAUUCAUCACAUUCUACCAGAGGACCGCCUCCGACAUGCAGGUCACAUCCAUCUCUGUGAGUCCACAUGACCUCAAAGACCUUCAGAAGAGAUUUCCACAGCUCCUUUUUGAACCCAGCCACAACAGAUAUGAAGUGACAGGGCCUUUUGUGCACAUUGCUAAAUUAAAAGAGUUCCUUUUACAAAAUACCUCAAACUCAAGCAAGAGUUCAGUCAACAAGAGUCCAGCACGCAAUACAAGCAGAAGAACCUUGCGUCCUUCAUCUGUACCCAGCAAAGAUCCUGAAGAAGAAUCAUGUCCUAUCUGUAUGGAACCAAUAGUUACCGCAGAGAAAGAAACUCUGCGGUGUAAGCACUCGUUCUGCAAAAACUGUCUGAAAAGAGCUUUUGAAUACAAGCCUGUAUGCCCGACGUGUGGACAGUUGUACGGCACUUUGACAGGGACACAACCUGACGGAGGCAGAAUGGAUGUCACCACAGACUCUUCACCUUUGCCUGGAUAUGAGAAAUAUGGAACAAUAAUUAUAUCAUAUUACAUUCCAAGUGGCAUCCAAAAGGAGGAGCAUCCUAACCCAGGUCAACCAUAUGAAGGUGCAUCCCGUAGAGCCUAUCUCCCAGACUGCUCAGAGGGCAAACGGAUCCUGAAACUGCUGAGGCGAGCCUUUGAUCAGAAGCUCAUCUUCACUGUUGGUCGAUCCACCACCAGUGGCAGGAACAAUAUAGUCACAUGGAAUGACAUUCACCACAAAACCUCAACACAUGGAGGACCAACUCACUAUGGAUACCCGGAUCCUGAUUAUCUCAGCCGAGUUCGAGACGAACUGAAAGUCAAGGGAAUUGAAUGAGUCACUUUAAGGUUUGUCAACACAUACUAUAAAUGUAAAGUAUGUACGAACAGAGAAGGGAUUAUGGCACAGAAUACUACAAAGCAUGAAGGAUAAUUGUCAUAUUACUGUAAUUUAUAUUGAUACCAUUAGUCAAGCAUAGUUUCCACUGUUUUCUUUUAAAUGUUUUUCCUAAGUUUUGUUUCAUUAAAGCAAUCAGCUUUGCCAUGGUUUAUAGUGAUAUUAGAACAACUUAGGGGAGUUUCUAGGCACGACCCAAAGCAUAGUACCUAAAAACCUGCUUAGCUGUUGUAAAUUACUGUAAACCCUGUCUGUACACAUCUGUCACUUUUGGGCCUCUUACUCUGAUUUGUCAACUUGUAAAAACAAAGUUAUGCACUCUUGAACUGACAAAGAAGCACCUUUAUUCAGUACAGUCAAUAGAGACAGAGUGCAUUUAAGCAAACAAUUCAUUGCUGUCCAUUGACUUUGUAUGAAGAUGCCUCUUUGCAAUUACUAAUUGCAAAACAGAAGGGUGU